CAUGUAUUGAAAAUAGUGCUAUUUUUAUACCUACUUUUUGAGAUUAUCCUCAUUUGAGAUAUAAAUAGUGAUUUGAGUGUCCGGUGUUUUUUUCACUACUCGAGCUCAAGUAAUGGAAGCUCCGGAGUUUAAGAGAUGUUGCUUUUGCCUACCACUGAGAAGGGGACUUAUUGCUUGGGGAUAUGUUAAAGUUACCCUCAACAUGUUCAUGUUAGCCUUCGCAGGGUUGAUGUUCUACAUUCUCGCCUCGUACAAUUCCAGCUCAUACAAUUCAGAUGUUGCUAUAUUUUCGAUUAUCUGCAUUUGCUUGCCCAUCGAUAUUGCUUUCACUAUCGUUCUCAUCGUGGCAGGACAUAAGAAAAGUAUUAAGCUGCUGAAAAUCUCCUAUGAAUACAAUACAGUAUGGUUGGGUAUGUUGACGCUAGUGACAUGCUUCAUGCUGUAUUUGGACAUCGGUUUUGUCCAAAGACUGUGGCCAUACAUUGAAGACAGAAAGUAUUUGAUAUUGGAAUUCUUUACCGGCUCAGCAUUUGGCAUCUGCUUUAUAUUUGUUCAAAUCUACGUAAUUUUACUGAUACGUAGCGAACUGAAAAAACUACAGAACCAAACCCUAGAAAUGCAGUUCACAAAUCACGUGAGCUCCGGAGAGCCGCUGUGCACGCUUCACAACCAGUGCACGGAUAAGAAAACCGUGCAAGAUGGUUGCACAGACGAGAAAUACGAAAAUUCUAAUGUCUAUAGAAAUUCGUUAAAUAUUUACAAUCAUGACCAUGUGUCACAGGGCCUCAAUAUUUUGGUGUUAACACAAGCAGCAAUAAUAUUAUAUUUUCUGAUUUGCUACGCCUAUAGUGGUAGAACAUUUUACGCAGAUAUAGUGAUAUUUAUCAUUAUAAGCAUUUGCUUAUUGAUCGAUAUUUCGUUCAAUAUUGUUUUCAUCGUAGCUGGACAUAAGAAAAACAUAAAGUUAAUGAAACUAUCCUACAUAUACAACAUAGUGGUGUUGGGACUGAUGACCUUAGGAGCCUGUUUCGUGUUGUAUUUAGACAUUGAUUUCAUACGCAGAGUAUGGAUAUACUUUGAAGAUCGCAAGUACGUAAUAACUGAUUUGCUGACCGGCUCAAUACUUUGGAUCAGUCUUUUAUUUGUUCAGAUUUACGUCAUCUUACUAACACGCAGCGAAAUGAAAAAGCUAGAGAGUCAAACACUAGAAAUACAGUUUACAAAUCGCACGACCUCAGGACAGCCGCUGUGUACGCUUCACAAUGUCGAAAAUCUGUGCACGGACGAGAAACAAGUCGUGCAAGACGUUUGCACGGAUGGGAAAUAGGCCGCGCAAGAAGUUUGCACAGAUGAGAAACGGGCCGUGCAAGACGUUUUCACAAAGAAAUGAGGCGAUAGUGACUGGAUAAUUGUAGACAAUUAAAAUGAUUUGUACUUAUGUUGUUAUUUCAAUAUUAUGUUAUUGUAAUUUGAAAUAUAAAUUAAAAUAUUGUUAUAC